AUGUCAAUCUCUCGAACAGUCCUCAAGAAAGUUUUAGCUGUCGAAACACCAGAGGGAGCUGGUGCUUUGGUCAGGCGCAGCAUCGGGUCUAUGGCCCUUCGAAACCUCACGCCCUUCCUUAUGUUGGACCACUUCCAUGUUUCCAAGGGCGCGGGGUUUCCUGACCAUCCUCACAGAGGCCAGGCAACCGUGACGUACAUGCUGGAAGGAGAAAGUCAGCAUGAGGAUUCUGCAGGCCACAAAGGAACGAUCGCUACUGGUGGCGUACAAUGGAUGUGUGCCGGAAAGGGUAUCAUCCACGCUGAGAUGCCUGUGCACGCCGAAGGUCGCCCUGAUCCACGCGGUCUGCAAUUAUGGGUUGACCUGCCCGAGAAGUUCAAGAUGUCGGAACCCAGUUAUCAAGAGCUCUCCCCAGACAAGAUUCCUGUUGCAUAUCCAGAAGGAGCCGACGGACCAGUGAAAAUUAAAGUCAUCAGCGGGAAGAGCCACGGGGUAGAAUCACCCGUGAGACCUCUUGGAGGUUGCUGGUUCUUCCAUAUAACCUUCAACAAGGAUGGAAGCAUGUUCCAGGAUUUGCCCAGUGGAUGGACCUCCUUUUUGUACUCUUGGAAAGGAACCUUGAAUGUGGGGACAGAAAAGACGGUUGUUCCUGCAUUCCAUACCGCUGUUCUUUCUGCAAAAUCUGAGGAAAACGGCGUAGCUUUGUCUGGCGUUGAAGGAACAGAAUUGGUUUUGGUUUCGGGAGAGCCUUUGGAUCAAAAGGUGUUCCAAUAUGGACCAUUUGUUAUGACAACCAAGGAGGAGAUUCAGAAAACUUUGAUCGAUUAUCAAACUGGAAGAAACGGGUUUGAAAAGGCCCACACCUGGAAGAGCGAAAUAGCUCACAAGGCUUAA